GCCAGACUCUUUUGUCUUUGUCUUUGUCUCUCUCUCUCUCUCCUCUCUCGGAGUCGGCCAUGAAUUGAGCUCAAUUAAAUCCAUCACAUAAUCACAUCAACAAAUCCCCGAUAUUUUCAUUCAAAUUUAUAUUCUUUUUAGUGGUUACAAUCCGAUGGGCAACAGCUUCGGAAAAGUAAGCGUCUGCUUCACCGGCGCUAAAGGAGUCCACCGCCACACCCAUGAAGUACCCGUUCUAUUAUCCGACUCCUACGACGAGGGCCUGGGACACUCCUUCUGCUACGUCCGACCCGACCCGACCUGGCUCGCCUCCUCCAAAGUCCACUCGGAAGAAGCCACCACUUUCAAAACCAUCUCCGGCGCCUCCGUCAGCGCCAACACCUCCACGCCUCUCUCCACCGCCCUCGUCGAUCUCUACUCCUACAACAGCGUCGACCGCGCCGCCGCCUUCGAGUCCUCCACCUCCUUCGCCUCGAUUCCGCUCCAGCCCAUCCCGCGCAAUUUCAUAAACUCCGGUCCGAUUUCCGGGAACUUCGGGGCCGGAGUUCCCGGGUCCGGACCGCUCGAGCGCGGAUUCUUAUCCGGCCCAAUUGAGCGGGCCUUUAUGUCGGGUCCGCUCGAUCGCGGGCUGUUCUCCGGCCCGAUGGAGAAAGGCUACUCGGAGCAGUUUCAGAGGAGCUUCUCCCACGGCGGCGGCUUCGCGUUCAAGCCGAGAUCGGGGAAGCCGAAACUGAUCCGGGUUCUUCAGCGAGCCAUAUCCAAAACCAUAUACCGGGGACAGAACUCGAUUCUGGCCCCGAUUAAAAACCGCGUCGUAUCCGUUAAAGAUCAGGAUUGGAUCGUCGGCGGCGGACUACAUGACAGUAAGGUUCAGAAUCACAACGAGAAUUUGACUGUUAGCUCUGUGAAUUUCAGCAGCGAGGGGAGUUUGGAAGACGACGAGUCGUUGUCGAGCCAGAAUCUUCAGUGGGCGCAGGGGAAGGCUGGUGAGGAUCGAGUCCAUGUUGUCGUGUCGGAGGAGGACGGCUGGGUUUUCGUUGGAAUCUACGAUGGGUUCAACGGUCCAGAUGCGCCGGAUUAUCUUCUGUCGAAUUUGUACACUGCUGUCCACAAGGAACUGAAAGGGGUGAUUUGGGAUGAGAAGGUUGAAUCAGCUGCGGCGGGUUCACGUGUUGAUCACCCGGAUAAUUCGGUUUCGGACAGUGAUGUAGGAAGGAAUCUAGAAGGAGAUGCCGGUUCCCGGUCUGUUGAGGAAGAGAAUUAUCCUAGUGCAAGUGGGGAUGUGAAUUUUGAUUCCCAUUCGAAGAAAAAGGAGUUUAGAAACCCGAAAACCAAGUACAGGAGCUCCGGCAGGAAACGGGAGGAUAAUCAGAGGAGGUGGAGGUGUGAGUGGGAUAGGGAGAGAGUUGAGCUCGAUCGGAGAUUGAAGGAGCAGUUGAAUAGGUCUAGCUCGGAUGGGUCAUCGGCUGCUAAUCACUCGGAUGUUUUGAAGGCUUUGUCUCAAGGUUUGAGGAAAACAGAGGAGGCCUAUUUGGAAAUUGCUGAUCAGAUGCUCUUGGAAAAUCCUGAGCUUGCCUUGAUGGGGUCUUGUGUUCUUGUGAUGUUGAUGAAGGGGGAAGAUGUUUAUGUGAUGAAUGUGGGUGAUAGUCGGGUUGUUUUGGCCCAGAAGGCGGAACCGGAUUAUUGGCUUGGGAAGAUUAGGCAGGAUUUGGAGAGGAUCAAUGAGGAGACAUUACAUGAUCUUGAGGACGGCGAGAGACAGAAUUCGAUUCCUAAUUUGAGCGCUGUCCAGUUGACAAUGGAUCACAGUACUAGCGAGUUAGAGGAAGUUCAUAGAAUCCGAAAUGAACACCCAGAGGAUGCUUGUGCUGUCAUGAAUGAUCGUGUUAAAGGUUCAUUGAAGGUUACCAGAGCUUUUGGUGCCGGAUUUCUCAAACAGCCUAAAUGGAACAAUGCACUUCUAGAGGCAUUCCAAAUUGAUUAUAUAGGGACUUCCCCGUACAUCACUUGCUUCCCUUAUCUGCAUCAUCACAGAUUAGGCCCUAAAGACAGGUUCUUGAUAUUAUCCUCUGAUGGGUUGUAUCAAUACUUCACAAACGAAGAAGCUGUUUCUGAAGUUGAACUUUUCAUCACAUUACAACCUGAAGGAGAUCCAGCACAGCAUCUUGUGGAGGAAGUAUUGUUCCGUGCCGCCAAAAAAGCUGGUAUGGAUUUCCACGAUUUGCUUCAAAUACCACAAGGGGAUCGGAGGCGUUACCAUGAUGAUGUUUCCAUAAUCGUGAUUUCAUUAGAGGGAAGAAUAUGGAGAUCUUGUGUAUAAGUAGAGAAAAUCAUAAAUUAAAAAACAUAAAAUGAUAAUAGAGACAUCCCGGAAAAAAAAGUCAGGCAUUUUCCUCAUUUUGUUUGACGGUUCUUUUCUUCUUUUUUUCUUUUCCUCGUAAUCACCUCUGUAAAAUACCAAUUAAGCUUCAGGAAAUGCCUGAGGGGGAACUUGGUUGUCCAGUUUUCUGGGCGGUGAGGACUGUAAAGAUGUAAAACCUGGCUCUAGUCGAUUAUAAACUUGCAUAGACCAAAUUGUAACUUUCCCAAUAAAUGGCAUUCGUACAACGAUUUUGUUUGA